CUCUUAGCACAUUCGUGCAAGAUAACAUUCUGCUGGACAGUCGGCGACGUCUUCCCAGAUCCCACAGCGACUGUUAUUGCCUCUGGGCUGGAGGUGCAGCAACCACAGCGCACAAGGAGCCGGCCUGGCUCCGUCGCCGCUCUUCGCUCAUACGUCAUUUGCCUGCUUCAGUCUCGAGAAGGGGCAGCGAACACGCACACACUCGCGCCAGAAUUGAUGCGCUUCUGCUGACCUGCCUCCCGCGCCGCGCAACUCGACGACGAUCACGCGUAGUGCUUCGGUUGUGCGAAUGGAGGAAACCGAUUCGAGAUGACGGGGUCGGUGCCAUUUCGACCGCAGCGCAAUGCAACAUCACCGGCUCGUAUCGACAUAUCGUCUCUGCCUGCAGACAGCGAGCGAAGGUCGCCUAGACACUCUCCAGCCGUGACCGGAGAGAGAACGCCGACUUCUAGCAAGCCUAUCCCUCCCGCCGACUCUGGUUCUGCCACGCCAAAACAUGACAGCGAGGUCUCGGAAACGAGCGGCAGCGCGGACGCUUCCAUGGAUGAAGAGGAGGAGGCGCAGCAGCGAACGUCGCGUAAAGAAGGGCAGUUCGCGUCGAAUGUCGACAUGGAGCGUCUGAGGAAGUUGAGGGAGGCGGUGAAUGAGAAAAUGCGACAACAGGCGAUGAUGGGCAUGCCGGUCCGCACCGCUGCUGGAAGUAUCGUGACCCGUAGAUUUUCACCCAUCAAGGAGGAGACAUCAACGACGCCGACAAUAUCUCCUUCUCUUGAAGCUGCAUUCUCUUCCAGUCCGCUCAUUGCGGGCGUGCCGACGGCGUCCACCGAGUCCACCGAGUCGGCAAAGACAAUUCGUGGUAGCGUGCCUCCGACCCCAAGCAAUCCUCCACUUCGGACGCCCUCAUAUCCUUUCCCAUAUGUCCCUGGAACACCAAGGGCGUGGAAUUCAUCGUUCCACAGGCCAUUUACCACACUAUCGCCGACCGUGUCAUCGAUGAAUAUUCACGACCUUACACCAGGUGAUAGAACUCUUUCAGAAGUUUCAACUCCAGCAGCGAGUGCUUUCACUUUCUUGCCUUCCGCCGCGUCGCCACGCCAAGAGACGGGUGGUGAUCAAUAUCCUGCACCCAAUCUUUACGAUUUGUCCAUCGAACUGAAUCUCGAACCCGGCUUGCACGCCUGGUGGCAAGCGGUAGCGCGCGUCCUCAAUCGAGAAUAUGCUGCCGUGCGAGCGUCCCUUUCAGUGCCUGCCGAUGCUGGAGAGCUUGAGAACGUUCCGUGGGGACAGAUAGCGUCGUACAAUGAAUUUGGUCCACCCAGCGUUAAGCCAAAUGUGAAGGCUCAGGAAAAGAAAAACAGUGCUUCUUCGGAAUCGUCUACGAAAUCCAGCACGCCGGUGACGCAACGACUUAGCAAGGAUCAGAACAAUAAAUCUUCAGCCACGCAACAACCAUCGCCUGUUCCAGUACGACCGCCGAUUGUCUCGCGACACUCAUACGCUGGGUUUGAGAAGGACAGAACAGAAUUGUCGACACCAACAGCCAGCGCGGCUCCGAUUGAGCGACCUCGUGCGCUGCUGAGGACAAAAAGCCUAGCCCCUCAACUGUCUUCGCAUACAGAGUCCCUCACCAGGCCAUCGUUCGCACCAUCAAGUCAGGAAACACCGGGCCAGUCAUCAACGAUGAGCGAACUUGACUUCUCCAGUGUAGAUACCGACACCCGUCCUGGCCCAUAUGUGGCAGUUUUACCUAUGCUUCAGGGGUUGAGCCACGAAGAUCAUGCUUUGAUCAACUCAACCUACGUAAACCGCAUCAUUACCAGGGGUAAAGUCGUCGCUCUUACCCGCGAGUAUAGCUCAUCGGCAGCCGUCUCGAGUGUGAUACAACCACCGCCCAUGCCAAGCGGCAAAGUACACAACAACGGCACGGCAAUGCCAGAUACCCUGCACGGAAGCAUGAAAUUCCCCUACGAUCAUUUUUCAAAAGAAACUCAUCUAGUGCCAUACGAGGAAUUCGAGCAGUUCCCAACAUCGCCGUGGGCGCAGUCACCUGCGCCUUCGCCCGCUAUCCAAGCAGAUCCUGAAGAGAACCCUUUUUUCGCGUCGCAAAACGUUGAUGAAAGUUCCUUUGAUCCUAAAGGGAUGACUCCUGACUACUCUAUAACUCGACAGGUAGAAGCGAUUGGGAUCGACAACGCAAGUACGGUCAUACACGUUCCACUUGUCCAUCCAACGUUGUCGCAGCAGUUACCAGCUAGCAGAAGAGCCUGCAAGAAGUCGAAAGAUGGCUUCGUAGACGACUCUUCGAUGGCUAAAAAAGCACCGAUCGCUAUCCUAUCCUUUUUGUCUCCAGUCGUCCCAUAUCCACAGCAUUUACUGCAGUCGAUCAAAUUACUGUCCCUGCAUUUAGCUACUAGCUUUGGCAUGGCACAACAAUAUACAAAUGCUCAAAGACAAGCGUCCAGUCUUAUACAUAGAAGGCUGCAUUCAGGCCUCAAGGUCGGAUUUGCUCCGUUCGCAGCUGAUAGGGAAGGCUUGGAACAUCUGAUUAACGCUGAGUUUGAUCACCCUUCAACAAGCUCUGUUACCGGAAGCAUAACCAGCCCCUCGGACUACUCAGGCAGGUCUCGAACAAGUCCGGGGGGCUCUAUACUCGGUACACCCGGAUGGGAUGCAUCUUCGCUAUUACAUGGACGCAGAUCAGCGGGCAACACUCCUGGCCAGAGUGCGGAGAUGUCAGACAGCUACUUCGAUUCUCGACAAAAAAGCCCGGUGAUUCGCAACAUGAGUAGCGGUGGUUUAAAUCAGAUGCUACAAGACGACAUUCGCUCAAGUUCCAGAAAAUCAAACGCGGCAGAGGAUCGAAACUCACGGAAGAGCAGCGAUCAUCGUCGACGAACUAUGAGCCAAGAUGAGAAAUCUCUUGUAACCCCACAAAGUCGUGGCGUGGUCGGCCAUAAGCGUCAACCAAGCAAGAACAGCGCCCAGCAGGCGUCUGAGUCGGUUGAUCGCAGGCCACAUUCAUACCUGCACUCGUACGGCGCGGAUUUUGCAACCUCUUUCCAAAUACUACCCUCAACGGCAACGCCAACAGGGACCGGACCUGGACCAUCUGUAUCUUCGUCCCAGGAGCGUAGCCUCCAAGACAUGUUGCCUCCCUCCGAAAGAUUACUCCGAACCAUCAUCGAUGCACUUCCCGUCCAAAUUUUCACUGCUGCUCCCAUCACAGGGGAGUUGACCUGGGUCAAUUCUAAAUUCGUUGCUUAUCGAGGCAAAGAACCAAACGAUAUCAUUCACGACCCAUGGCAAGCCAUUCACCCGAGCGACCGGAGCCAUUACAUGGAACAAUGGCAACAGUCGCUCAGUACGGGCCAGCACUUCUCACACAAGGUUCGAUUGCAGCGCUUCGAUAAUGUCUACCGAUGGUUUUUCGUCCGAGCCACGCCGCUCAAAGACAAGAAGCAAAACAUCGUUCACUGGACUGGAACCUACAUGGACAUUCAUGACCAGCAUGUGGCAGAGCAAAACGCCGCUCGUCAAACCGAAACAGCUGCUUCGGAAGCCAAAUAUCGCGCGCUUGCCAAUUCAAGCCCUCAAAUUGUGUUCGCCGCAACUCGCACUCGUGGUGUAACGUUUUGCAAUUCUCAGUGGCUGACCUACUCUGGUCAGACGGAGGCGCAAGCACGUGCAUUGGGCUUCAUGGACCUUGUUCAUCCGGAUGACUUGGUGAAGUGUCGGUUGCCUGUUUUCAAUGAGGACGGAACGGUUGCGGAAGUGCCAACCACGGUACCUUUCGAAGUUCAUCGUUCUGAUACUGGCCUCACAUCGUCAGACGAUUCUUCGGACGCGAAGACAGUGACAAGUCCAAGCGCUACACCUACUUCACAGCUAGGACAAGCGAGACUUUCGAAACUCGCAACGACGGGGAUUUUGAAAGUUUCAAAAGACUCUGAUGGUCGACCGUCGUACUCUACUGAGGUCAGGCUGCGAAACAAAGAUGGCGAAUUCCGUUGGCAUCUCGUGCGUGUCUUACAGGCACAACCUGUGCGCAAGGACGACGACGGGGAGGAAGAAGAAGAAGAAGAAGAAGAGACAUGGUAUGGAACCUGCACGGACAUUAACGAUCACAAAUUGCUUGAACAAACUCUUAAAGAGGCUAUGGACGCCAAAACUCGGUUUUUGAGCAACAUGUCUCACGAAAUUCGAACUCCUUUGAAUGGCAUAACCGGAAUGGUGAACUUUCUCAUCGACAGCCAGCUCAGCCAAGAGCAGCUCGAACACGUGCAUAUCAUUCGAAAUAGUACAGAAGGUCUUCGAGAUCUCAUAAAUGAUAUUCUUGACCUAUCCAAGGUUGAGGCUGGCAUGAUCAACUUGCAGAUGGAAUGGUUCCAUGUUCGAUCGCUGAUCGAGGAAGUCAAUGAUCUUACCUCUUCCAUGGCAAUCGGAAAGGGUCUCGAGCUAAACUAUCUCAUUGAAGAGAAUGUGCCGUCAAGUGUCAAGGGCGAUCGAUUUCGCAUUCGCCAAGUGCUGCUCAAUGUCGUUGGAAAUGCCAUCAAAUUCACCCAACAGGGCGAAGUGCUUGUCAAAUGCGAAUUGGCAACAGACCAUCAGGCUGAACUGACGCACGAAGAGGUUAUGUUGCGGUUCUUCGUCAUGGACACAGGCUCUGGAUUUACAGAGGCGGAAGCAGAGUUCUUGUUCAAACGGUUCAGCCAGAUUGAUAGCAGCAGCACCAAAGUCCAUGGCGGAACUGGUCUCGGCCUAGCAAUAUCGAAGCAGCUAGUGCAACUCCAUGGCGGUGACAUGGGCGCCCAAAGUGUUCCUGGUAAAGGCGCCACAUUCUUCUUCUACGCGAAAUUCCGACUUCCUUCAGAAGAAGAUCACCCGCCCACUCCAACUGGCACGCCUGGGUUGAUAUCGACAUUAGGAACCCCUGGAUUUGCACCUCCUGGACGACCGAUUGCGCUGCCACCCCACUGGUCACCGCAGCUCGCACGAAUGGAUUCUGAUUCAAGUGCCGUCAGCGCCCAAUCCCCACUGCGACACGAAUCCACGACUUCCUCUGGAAGCUCCGAUCCUUCGAUUAUGACAAGCAGGACGAGCAUGGUCUCAACACGCUCCUCUGUGUCGUCCCUUGCCUCUGUACAAUCCCCGCCCAUGGUACUUGAGAUGCCUCCUAGGCCGAAACCUGAACGGUCAACCUCCUCCGAAGAAUCAAGCAGUCCCGACUCGAAUAAUUCUGUUGUCUCAGCAUCCACAGUACGCGCGCGAAGCAGCUCAUCGGUCAGUCCAGGCAACAAAUCUCCCGUCCCUCCACUACUCUUCUCAAUUCUCGUGAUUUGUCCCCUCAAGUUCAGCAGACAAGCCAUUGUGAGGCACAUAGAAACUACGAUCCCCCAGAACUCUCCUCAUCAUAUAACUGCACCUGAAAAUCUAGAGGAGUGCAAGCAGUUGCUUGGAUUGUCGGUAGGAUGCGACUCGGUCAUCUUUACACACGUAGUUCUUAUCUCGCACGAAACGAACGACCUCUACGUCAUUGCCAACCAAAUCCUGAAGUCGAGCUCCUAUUCUGCUACAAAUCUUAUUAUCAUUACAGAUUUCACUCAGAGGAAAGAGGUGGAGGAACAACUUGGCGGAUUUGAUCACAAACAGCUUGUUGAUACAGGCAGGGUACGAUGGAUAUCGAAGCCUCUCAAGCCGUCAAAGUUCGCCGUCAUUUUCGAUCCACAGAAACUACGGGAGUUUAGCGCAGAUCGAACGCAAGACAGCGCUCAAGCGGUGGUCAUGAAUCAGAAACAGAUAUUUGACGAGAUGAAGAGGCGCCUUGGCAAUCGAGGCAUUCGCGUCCUCUUGGUUGAGGAUAACAAGACGAAUCAAAUGGUUCUUCAGAAAUUCUUAAAGAAAGUGGAGAUCACUGUCGAGACCGUUUUGGACGGAGUCGAGUGUACCGACGCAGUUCUUACGCAUGACCACGGCUACUACUCCAUCAUCUUGUGCGAUCUCCAUAUGCCGAAUAAAGACGGUUAUCAGACCUGUCGCGAGAUUCGCAAAUGGGAGCGCAAAAACGGCUUGAAACAUCUACCCAUUAUCGCGCUGUCUGCAAACGUCCUGGGGGACGUCUAUCAAAAAUGUGCAGAAGCGGGCUUCAACUCCUACGUCACGAAGCCUGUCGACUUCAAAGAGUUGAGCAUCGUUAUGCUAAAAUACUUGGAUCCGGAAGAUCCGACGAAACCAAUUGAAUUCAUGCGUCGUAGCCGGAAGUAAAGCACCAUGGCAGUCCAUGAUUAGGCGUGGACACGGUUACAAUUCUUAAACGCAUUUGAGCACGGCAUGUAAGGUCUUUGGAGCAUUGGGGAUCAUCCGGGAACGACGGUGGUCUACCCAGAGAACAUGGAAAGGCGUUCUGUCUCCCGACAUAUACACGGUUUUUAAUUAUGGAUAAAUACAACUAGAUCUUACUCAAAGGGACCUACCUGCGACGCGUUGUGAGAGGAGGUUGCUAAUUAUCGAUUUUGGAUGGCUUGAGAAGGUGCAGAUACGCACUCUUUCGGGGUGACAAAUCACACAAAUGUGAACAGAACACGCAUGUUAGCCACGAAAGCCCAGGCCAUCGGUAGAAGAUGAGAUUACGAGCGUCGGAACAGGAAGCGAAUUAAUGUGCGCCAUUGUCACCUAGCGCUUGUCUAUACCUUUUGUAGUCUUGUAGAAUAGUCGAUACCAUCCUUUAAUCUGCAUUCGAUCAC